CUUCUUAAAGGCUACAGAAAAAGUUAUAAAAAUAAUCAGAAUGUUGUUCAUGAGUUAUAUUUUAUAAAUGAACAUAAUAUGGUUAGCACCUGUAAAAACAAAAUAAGACAUCACUCAGCUGCUACUGGUCUUGUUUAUUGUAUGAUAUGUGUAACAAAAGUCUUCUUUGUAAUAAUCAGAUAAAGGCAAUAUAAAGAUUUGUAUUUCAGGGUAAGACUCCAUACGAUCUGGCAGCAGCAGGAGUAUUCGGCCCGCAUAAAGAAGUGAUGGAAUACUUACAGACUGUCAUGUCAGAGAAAUCUUCAGGCGUGAAUGCUGGAAUAGGAAUAGAAGAUGAAGUCCCAACUGAAAUAAGAUUAAUGACAGACAAGAGAUCUGUCGAAUUGUACCUUAAAUUACUUGAGUCAGGCUCUGAGAAAAAGAGAGACAUACGUUUAGUAGUAGUUGGAAAGAAAGGGGCGGGAAAGACUUCAUUGAUUAAAAGAUUGUUUGGUGAAGAUAAUACAGAUGUUACCAGUACAAAUGGAAUAGAAAUUCAUAAAAUAAAAUGCAAAGCAAUGUCUGAUGAUGGAAUAUGGAAUAAAUUAGAUGGAAACUAUGAAGAAACUGAAAUUCAUGCAAGACUAUUGAAAGAAUACGAGGAAAAACUUCAGGACAAAGGAACAAUAGAGCAACCAGUAGCAUCCCACAUUGCUAUUAAGGACAACACACCAGCAACAAGUUUUGAUGAAUCAAAGAAAUCAGGGACAGUAUAUCAGCAGCCUAAAAUAAUGACACCUCUAGUAACCACUGAAUCUCAAGUUGAACCUCCAGUAACCUCGCAGCAACCAAACCAAUCAUUAGAACAGGCAAAAAAGGAUAUUGAAACCAUGCUUAAAUCUAAUGUAGAUUUACAUGACAAACAGAAGUAUGCCACAUUAUUUUUGUGGGAUUUUGCAGGAGAUGAAGAAUUUUACCAUACACAUCAAACCUUUUUAUCCCCAGAUGCAAUUUAUCUUGUUGUUACAAAACUCAAUGAGGCUGGCGACAAAGAAGCACAAGAUUUAUUCCAAUUGUGGAUGGAUUCUAUACAUUGUUACAGUAGACUGGAAAAGGAUGGACAUAAAUCUGAUGUUAACGAGAAAACAUCAGAUGAUCUUGAUCCACCGAUAGUUAUUGUUGGCACUUGGAAAGAUGCUUUGAUCUCUGAUGUACAAGAGAUUGAUGAUGCAUGCAGGGAAAGUAUAUUAAAGUAUACGGAGAAUAUGUCAGAAGAUGAACUAAGACAUAUAAGGCAAGAAUACUUUAUCUCCAACACAGAAGAUGAUCCUAGUGUUUUCCAGCAAAUACGAGAAGACAUCCUUAACUUAGCCAGAAAAAUGAAAACAUGGAACAAAGAUUAUCCUUUAAAAUUCAUUCAGCUGGAAACAAAACUUCAAGAAAAGAAGAAGGAGUUACCUAUUAUUUCCCUUCAGGAAAUUCAGAAUAUCGCUAGUGAUACACCUAAGCCACUAAAUGAUGAAGAACUAAGAUUGUUCCUUGAAUUUCACCACGAGAUCAGAGCUUUAGUUUAUUUCAAAGAUCUUCCUUCUUAUAUUAUUUUAGAUACCCAGUGGUUAUCUGACGCUUUUAGAUAUAUAGUUACUGCAAAGAAAUUUAGAGCCAUAAGUAUCAAAAAUAGAAAAAAAUGGGAUGAAUUGUACAGUAGAGGCACAUUACAUAGUGAGGUUUUAGAAGACAUAUUUAAAAAAAGGGAUAACAUGUUUUCCACACACAAGGACCAUAUUCUGAAUGUAAUGGAGAGAUUUGAUAUCAUUAUACGUCCAAACACGUCAGAGACUGCUGACGAGAAGCCUUGCUACUAUGUACCUUGCCUGAUUAAAACAGAAUCACACUGUGACAUUUAUGAAAUAUUUAAUGUGACAGACUGUACCUGUAAAAAAUCAGCUUGGUUAUGUUUCAAAUUUAAAUUCAAGCCACCACAUCUAAUGAACCAUUUGAUUGCGUCACUGAGCCGGAAGUAUGAAAUUGCAGAAGUGGUUGUUCCAAAUCAAAAGAAAAAGUCAGUUGCUCUUUUCGGAGGUAUUGCAGUCUUUGAGUUACAGAAGAAAACACAUUUAAGAAAAUUGCUUGUAAUGACAUCUCCAAAUUUUAUUCAGGUUCAGGUUUUGGAAUUCGGGAAAGAUUCAAUCAUCAAAAGAGGUUUGUUCAAAGACGUUGGGGACUUCGUAACAGAUGAGUUAGAGAAGAUAAUACAUACACGAUUCAAGAUGUCCAUUUUAGAAUUCGAGAAAAAAAUUGAAUGUGGACAUACCAAACCUGAAUUGGUGACAGGAUCCAUUGAAUUAAGUGAGGAGCAGAUUACAGAAUAUUUUUGCGGGACAUGUAAAACACCCCACACAUUCGAUGGCGAAUGGUCAGAGAUAGAAAGUAAAGCUCUGUCUGAUAAGUAUGAGAAGAAACCGGGGCAGAGAGGACUUGCCCUGAUUGUUAACUUCAUGUUCCAUGGUGGGACAACUGAGAGAAAAGGUUCUGAUGUGGAUUGCAAGAAUCUCACAAAUUUCUUUAAAGAAGAACUAAAGUAUCAGGUGGAAUGUACAACAAGAGAUAUGACAAAGUUUGAGUUACAGGAUUAUUUCCAAGAAAUUGCCAGAACAUAUUUAACAGAGAAGUCAAAGGAUUAUCAUUCCUUUAUCUGUGUAAUUAUGAGUCAUGGAAAAGAGGAUGGAAUUCUUACAACAAAUGGAUUAAUAACAGUGGAAGAAAUAAAAAAGCCAUUCAAAAACAAAACCGGAGGCAAAUUUAAUGGUAAACCAAAAGUAUUCCUCAUUCAAGCUUGUCGUGGAACAGAAGAGCAGGAAAAAGUGGUUGUGUCUGAUUGUUUUGAAACUGAAAUCCAUACUGGACAUGUUGAAGGGUAUGAUGAAUUUCCUGGAACAUGUGGAAACAGGCAAAGAAGAAAUUCUGUUGAAAUGUCUGUGUUUCAACCAGGAUUUGUAGGUAAGCCAUCUGGCUUAUCAGAAGUGUUAUCUACUGAUGCUCAUAGUUAUUAUUCUGAACAUGUUCCAACAGAUGCUGACAUUAUUGUAGCAUAUGCAACAACACCAGGAUAUAUAUCAAUUCGAAAUAUACAUGAAGGAGCAUUUUUCAUAAGAGCUUUCUUGUCUGUUGCCAAGAAUAAAUACAAUGAGGAACAUAUCGAGGAGAUAUUAAGAAAUGUGAGAAAUGAAUUAGCUACGAAUCCAGAAUAUGCACCACAAUCUGGAAGCUUGGCAGGAAAAUGUCAGAUGGGAAUGUUGGAGACUACAUCUACGAAGAAAUUUUUCUUGUAAUGACAGUUCAAUAAAACUUAUUUGGGAGGAAAAUUGUUAUCAAACCAUUUAUAUCAUAAAUUAAGUAUAUUUUUCAAAGUUCAAGGAUUCAUGCAACUAAAUCCUCAUUUUUUUAUGAAUAAAUGGAACCUUUUUGUUUAUUCAUCAAACAUUGAAAAUAGCGUCUCAACUUUAUUCUAUGUCAACUAAAAUCAACGCCAGUCUGUUUGAUUAUAAUCUAUGUUGAUCAGCUUGUCAUUUAGAUACCUGGUUAAGUUAGCAUUGUGACAGGGGAGAGAUAUAACUAUAAAGUCUGAAAUCGGAAGCAGUUCAAAAUGUUCAGAGUUGUUUGUAUAAUUAGAGAAAGAUAAUACGGACUAGUAAUAUUAAUAACGUAUGCAUGUCUGUUUUGACAAAUGUGGCACCAAUUAUUGUUUAUUAUGCAAGACAUGUAAUUGGCCAUGAUGUGGGGUGCUGUGAAGAUCCUACCGAUUACUUGAUUGAUUGAUUGAUUGAUUGAUUGACUGAUAAAUUGAGUGCUGUGUAACGCCACUUUCAACACUAUUGUGCUACCUUGAGGAGGUCAGGUUUUGUUGGUGGAGGUAGGUGAAGUGCCUGGAGAGAACCACGACAUUAGGUAGGAAAACUGACAAUCUUAGUCAAUUAAGAUUAUAAUCAAAUGCACAUGCCCCGUACGGGAUUUAAAGUCACGGAUAACCUGAACUUGAAAACUUUUGUUGCAUUGUGGUAAAUUUGUGGCUACAUUAAUAUUGAGACAGAUUCAAUUUCAUUCAAUUGAAAUUGUCUGUUCUACAAUUUUAGUUGUAGCUGUGAUGUUGAGAGAAACUUCCACAUGUAUAUAUGUUAUACUGUUUAUUUCAAUGUUUUAGAUGGUAAAACAAACAAUUGUUCUCGAUACGAAGUGGGAGGUCCAGUUUUAUUUUCUUUCCUUUCGCCAUUAGUGGUGUUAUUAUGAAAAACUUUUGUGAGCGAUAGUUCAUCUAAUAUACCUUUGUUUUGUUCUGCAUUAUAUGUCCUUUUGUUCGUCCGUCCGUUUGUUCGUUCAUCUGUCCCGCUUCAGGUUAAAGCUUUUAAUCAAGGUAGUUUUUUAUGAAGUUGAAGUCCAAUCAAAUUGAAACU